AAUUCAUCCUUCAUCCCGACUCCAAAACCAGCACACCAGCACCAGCACCACAACCAGCUCCAGCUCCACCAACCCUAUUGACAAGACAAGUCCUCUCUCUUGCAGGUGAUAGCUACCUUCCAAGUCCCAAUCCACCCUUUGUAUUGCUUGCAUCUCACUACAUAUUCCCUUCUUCUUCUUCUUUCCAGAAAUCCACAUAGAAAGAACCCAGAAACAGAAGUGAAAACUAAACAUGGGUUCUGAUUCAGUUUUAACAUCAACGAAGCCAACACCAAUACCAACUCAAGAAGACCCACCAAGCCCAUCCACUUCUCUUCUUUCUUUCAACACAGACUCCGCUACUGAUCCUUCCAAUCCACACCACAAAAACACGACCAACUCCAUAAUCUUCAUCUCUCUUGUACUUGUCACUUGCAUCGCUCUCUCCGCUGCUUCUGCUUUUGCCUUUCUCUUCUUUUCCUCCUCCUCCUCAUCUCCCUCUGCUACUCCUACAGAAAUCCCCUCAGCUUCUCUACAAGCGACGACGCGUCCGUUGACCAAGCUCAACCACUCGGUCGUUCUCUUGAUUUCUUCUGAUGGGUUCAGGUUUGGCUACCAGUUCAAGACCCCUACACCAAAUAUUCAUCGUUUGAUUGCUAAUGGGACUGAAGCUGAAACGGGUUUGAUUCCUGUUUUCCCUUCUCUUACAUUCCCUAAUCAUUACUCUAUUGUCACUGGCCUUUACCCUGCUUAUCAUGGUAUUAUUAACAAUCAUUUUGUUGAUCCAAAAACUGGAGAAGUUUUUACAAUGGCAAGUCAUGAGCCCAAGUGGUGGCUUGGUGAGCCAAUUUGGGAGACAGUGGCUAAACAAGGGUUAAAGGCUUCUACUUAUUUUUGGCCUGGUUCUGAGGUGCAUAAAGGUUCUUGGACUUGCCCUCAAAAGUUUUGUAUGUUUUAUAAUGGUUCUGUUCCUUUUGAUGAACGUGUUGAUACCGUUUUGAGUUAUUUUGAUUUGCCAGAUAGUGAGAUUCCUGUGUUUAUGACCUUGUAUUUUGAGGAUCCUGAUCAUCAGGGUCAUAAGGUGGGACCGGAUGAUCCGGAGAUUACUGAGGCUGUUGCUGGAAUUGAUAGGAUGAUUGGGAAGUUGAUUGAUGGAUUAGAGGAAAGAGGGGUUUUUGAGGAUGUUACUAUAAUUAUGGUUGGUGAUCAUGGAAUGGUUGGUACAUGUGAUAAAAAGUUGAUAUUUUUGGAUGAUUUGGCUCCUUGGAUUGAUAUUUUACCUGAAUGGGUUCAGUCCUAUACUCCUUUGCUUGCAAUCCGUCCGCCACCUGGUUUUGCACCGUCGGCUGUUGUUGCAAAGAUGAAUGAAGGGUUGCAAUCGGGGAAGGUUCAAAAUGGAAAGAAUUUGAAAAUGUAUCUUAAGGAGGAGCUGCCUAGUAGGCUUCAUUAUGCAGCAAGUGAUAGAAUUCCACCAAUAAUAGGGAUGAUUGACGAGGGUUUUAAGGUGGAGCAGAAGAGAACUAAUAGGCAAGAAUGUGGAGGAGCACAUGGUUAUGACAAUGCACUUUUCUCCAUGAGGACAAUUUUCAUUGGCCAUGGUCCUCAGUUUGCAAGGGGACGAAAAGUGCCAUCUUUCGAGAAUGUUCAGAUAUACAACUUGGUUACUUCAAUUCUCAAUAUCCAGGGUGCUCCCAAUAAUGGGUCUGUAUCUUUUCCAUCAACUGUUCUUUUGCCCAAUCCUUCAUAAAUUAUAUGAAUGUCAUUUCAACGACGAAGUUAUAGUGGGCUGGGUUGAUUCUUUUGCAAGACGAUAUCAACAAUUGUUUAAAGACGCCUGGUUGUGAGUUAUUAUGUGAUGUGGUGGCGCAGAGGGCAACUGUAUUAGUGUUGAUCCUUGUGAUUGUUGAUUCAUGUUCGGUUACAUGAUCACUUGGCUCCUACUUUUUUUCAUUAUUAUGAGCUGCAGAUUUAAGAGAGGAAUCUAGCAUAAAAAAAUUAAUGAACCUGUAUUUUUGUAGCAUGGUUGCCUGCCUUUCUUAUUCUAUGAGUUUGCAUAUUUGAUGCACAAUAGGAACCAGGUUUAUGUUAUACUUCGAUUGUCUUCUAAUUGUGGCCACUGCCUUAACUGCUUGUCAAUAUAAAUAAUUCUUUCUUUUUCGGUGGAAA